UCACUUUCAUAGUAUUUCAGUUCGUUAUAAAAUCAUAUCGCAGGAUGGAGAAUGAAGACAUCGCAACUAAGCCCGUCACCAGACCCACAUCAACGCCACCAUCAACUGAAACAAUAGUACACACAAAUGGCGUAGAAGCAAAAGACAUAUCGCCAACAAGAUCCCCAAAACUUCAAGGCUAUGAAUUUUACCGCAAAGUCCUUGGAUCCCCUCAGUUUGUUGUGGCGCCAAUGGUGGAUCAAAGUGAAUUGGCUUGGCGUAUGCUUUGUCGCAAGUACGGUGCCCAACUAUGCUAUUCACCAAUGUUUCACAGCAAUUUGUUUGCCAAAGAUGUGAAGUAUCGCAAGGAUGCACUACAAACAUGCCCCGAAGAUCGGCCAUUAAUUAUACAGGUUUGUUCGUGUAAUACUUCUGUAUUGCUAGUACAAUAUGGUCGUAAUGUGUUUCCAAUUCGAAAUCAAUAACAGACAGCCUAUAACUAUGUUCGUAUUACUUAUAGCAUAAUAUUACUUAGUUCUAAUCAAAUUACUUCUCAUAAAUCAAGUGCGCUCAGACUUGCUUUCAUGAUU